UAUUACUAGUGACAAACAUAUAUAAAACAUGGAAAGCUUAACGCCGACACAGCUGAAAAAGUUAAAAGAGCACAAGUAUAGUGCCACUGGAACGUCCUUAGUGGAACCGUACAUGCAGGUCUUCUGGAAAUGGUUAGUAGAACAAAUUCCAACAACCUGGGCACCAAACACGUUGACAGUUGUUGGAUUGAUACUUAAUAUUGCCACAUCUACGCUGUUGUUCUUGUACAGUCCAGAUGGGAAAUCGGAGGCUCCAAGGUUUGUUUACUUGCUUUGUGCAAUUGGUUUAUUUUUAUACCAGUCCUUAGAUGCUAUUGACGGAAAGCAAGCAAGGAGAACAAACACAAGCUCACCUCUUGGUGAACUGUUUGAUCAUGGUUGUGACUCAGUUUCUACAGUCUUUGUAGGCUUGGCAACUGUAGUGGCAUUAAACAUGGGAAAAGAUUUAGACUGGAUGAUGUAUGAGUUAUUUGCAGCUAUAUUUUUAUUUUAUAUGGCCCACUGGCAGACAUAUGUAACAGGAACACUUAGAUUUGGACAAUUUGAUGUUACAGAAUCCCAGUUAAUGAUAAUAGGUGUUUAUUUAACAAAUUUUUUAUUUGGGUCUACACUGUGGGAUUUAACGUUUCCCAUUAUAGGAAUGACAUUGAGAAAAGCAGUUAUUUUAUUAAGUAUAUUGCCACAGAUUUUACAGUUUGGAUCAAAUUUUUCCGUCAUUAUGCAGGGAGGAAGUGGUAAAAAUAAAUCUACAAUAGCUGGUACAAGUACUAUAUUUCCAGUACUACCUAUAGUGUUAGUCCUAGCACUAGGUAUAAUAAUAUCACAGAAGUCAGAGACACUAAUAUAUGAAAAUCAUCCAUGUUUCUUUCUUCUUUGUUUUGGAUUAGUGGCUGCUAAAAUAACAAACAAAUUAGUGGUAGCACAAAUGACAAAAAGUGAAAUGGAUUUAUUUGACUCGUCAUUACUGGGCCCAGGAAUGUUAUUUCUUAAUCAAUAUUUCAACUGCAUAUUAAAUGAAUAUUUGGUUUUAUGGCUUAUGUUUAUAUAUGUAACACAAGAUUUAUUAAGAUACUCAUCUUCAGUUUGCCAACAGAUUUGUCAAUACUUGGGAAUUUACUGUUUUGACAUCACAUCAUCUCCAAAGAAUGGAAAAGCAUCAUGAAUUGUACCCGCUGCUUAUUGCUCAACAUUUUGUCUGUCAUAUAUUAUUUAUUUUAAGAAAUGUUUUAUUGGUAUGAAUGCUUGAUCCACAUUGUUUAGGAAAUCAGCAAUUUUUUACAUUCUUCCAAAUUUAAAGUUUUUUGUGUUAUUUGGUUAUACCUGUACGUUAUUUUAAGAGUCCACAAAAAUUGAUAACUUUUGGCAAAGAGUUGGUAAAGCAUAUAAUUUUUGUCUCUCCUGCAACAAAAGUUGCAGAAUAAGAGAUGUAGGGAUGCUAAUCCAGCUGCAAUUGCUAUGAUCGUCUUGACCUCAUUUUCAUGGUCCCAUGACUGCUUAAGAAACUAUUGAUGUUAUUUUUUGAAUUAGAACUGCAGUUUUUAUAACAUAUUUUUCGGUAAUUAUUAGUAUGAGAUUACUUUUAUUUGGUAUAUAGAAUCAUUGCUAGAUGUACUUGUCCCUCUGAUGGGGUUAUACUGAACUUGCCCUCAUUUCACAAUUCAAUGCUUAUUGUUAAGUGUGCGAUAAGGAUAAUUUCUCAGAAAGUACCACUGUAUAAGUAACAGGUCUUCAUGUUAGUCUGACAGGGAUCAUCUGACUUUGACCUCUUUUCAAGGUUUAUAAGUCAUUUACUAUAAGUACAAGGUAAACUAUAUUUGGUGUAUAAAAUGGUUGUAACUUGUUAUUUUUUUCUGACAGGGUUCAUCUUACCUUGACAUCGUUCAGAUACUAUUAUAACAAUAGGUCAAUUAUAUUAGUUGUAUUAAAUGAUUGAAAGGUGUACAUGUUGAUCAGACUGUGUUCAUCUUUUCUUGACCUCAUUUUCAUGGAUCAUUGAUCAAUUUUAAAUUUUCGUAAUGAGGUCUGGUUUAAGAGCGCUAUAAGAAAUAGGUAAGAUUUUCUGUGUAUAGAAUGUUUGUAAGGUGUACAUGUCUGUUUGACAUGGUUUACUGAGCCUGACCUCAUUUUCACAGUUGGUUGGUGUUAAGUUUUUGUGAUUAUGUCCAUUUCUUAGAUACUAUAAUUAAUAGGUCAACUAUAUUUGGUGUAUAGAAUGAUUGUAAGGUGAACAUUUCUGUCAGAUAGGGUUUUUGUGAUAUUUUCUUAGAUAAUUGAUAAUGUUAAGGUUAUGUGAUACCUGCAGUCAAAUCAUGAGCUAAAAGACUUUCAACCUAAAAUUUAAUAUUACCACUAAAAAAGGCGAGGCAUUUGUGUGCACUCUGGUUGAAAAUCUGUCCUCCCAAUUUGUACUUCAUCAUUUAAGUAAUGUUUUUUUAGUUUCUAAAAUACAGAUGCUUUACAAGAUUAAUAUAUUGCCUAAUAUCGCCCUAUCCAACAGCAUUAAUUUGUGUAUACAGUUAGUAAAUUCUGCAUACCCUCAUCCUUUAAAUUAGAAUAAGGAGAAGUUGUAUGAUUGCCAAUUAGACAACUAUCUGUCAGAAAGGAAAUAGACCAAAAGUCUGUUUAUCCUUAUUUUUUGCAAGCACUUGCAAAAGAAUAUUAUUAAAGAGUCAUACUUAAACACAAACAGACACAUCUCUUCUCUAUGUGUUUGUGCUGAGCAUAUCUGUAGAAAAAUUCAAAACAUGGGUAAAAGACGGUGUGAUCAUGACAUUAUUCAUGAAUAAUUAGCUGUGUUUUUUAGGAAUUCAUUACCCAAAACAUUUUUGAAUGAAUUCAGAGAAAUUUAAUUGCAGAGAUAUUUUUAUACAUAUUUAUUAUAAACAAGAUAUUGCUAUUUAUUUACACAUGGACAAUUGUAAAUUAUGCUAUUUUUGUUUAUUUCCUUGAUGAAAGUAUGGCUUCAUAUGAAAAUUCACUUCACUUCAUUAUUUUGUAGAUUUUUUUAAUGUCAAAGACCUACCGGUAUGCUUUUUUACUUAAGUUGAAAAAGUUUUCUGAAAUACUUUCACGUAUUCAGUCUAUUUUAAGUUUGCAUUAUAUGUAAACACCAGAUUUUACUAUUUUGUGGUUAUUGUUUUAAAGCAAAAGUAUUUUAAUCCAAGUUUGAAAACAGUUACCUAGAAAAAUGUAUAUCUUGCAAAAACAAUGUUGGUUACAGUAUAAAAUAGUUCAUUCAAAGAAUAUUUGAAAAAAAUAACAUGUGUUGUAAAUUGCAGAAUAUUAACAUUUAAACUGUAUUUUAUAGUUAAAUCAUUGCAAAAUUAUUACAAAAGUAAUAUUAUAAUUGAAAUAAGUGGAUAUUUAAAAACAACAUAAUUUUGAAACAACAAUUUCAAAGAUAUCUUUCUUUCUUUUUGAUAAAAUCAAAAUAUAUUGCUCCGUGGUCAUUAAUUUCCUUUUCAUUUCAAAAUUGCUAAGCUUGAGCCAGGCUUGUUUUGCUUUAAAUUAUUGCUACAUGUUUUAAUUGGUUUGCCAUUUAUGCUUUUCCUUUUUCAUUCAAAACUGCUAAGCUUCAGCCAGGUUUUUAUGCUUUAACUUAUUGCUACAUGCUUUAAUUAGUUUGCCAUUUAUGUUUUUCUUGCAAAGUGCUUUACAGUUGUAUAUAAUAAUCAAUUGCCAUUCUUUAUGCAGUCAAUAAAAUUUUAGAAUAACAAUGUGCCAUAAUUUUGAUGUUUGUGUGGUUACGUUAUAAUUAUGUAGAUUGGUCUUGUUUUAUUGUUUUAACUUGAAAUUCAUUCAACCAGUAUUAGACACUAUCUGGAUUUUUAAUAUUUUACUCUUUGGUACUUAAAGCCUACAGUCAUAAAACUUUACUCAGUACUCUUUAAGUACAAAAUUUGUGCUUGAAACACUGAGCAGUGGCGGAUCCAGGGGGGGUUACAGCGGUUGGAACCCCCCUUCUUUUCUUGACGAUCAAUGCAUUUGAAUGGGGACAUAUAGUUGGAACCCCCCUUUAUCCUGGGUUGGGAAGCCCCCUUUUAAAAAUGGCUAGAUCCACCCCUGCUGAGUACAAUGAUCCAACUCCAAAUUCUUAUUACCACAAGGCCUAGUCAUAAAAACCAAUAAAACUGACUUGUAGAAAUAAACAAACAAAGUUUUAUUGAACCACCAUUUAAAACAAAAAAGUUUUAACACAUGACAUGGCAUGUUAAUAAUAGCAGAUUUGUUGAGUAUCCCAUUUCCAUGAUGAUCAUGACACUUUAAGGAAAUUUACAGUGAAUUAAAUUCUUUUUUUUGGGGGGGGGAAUCUUUUCCUCCCAAAACAAAACCCAGAAACUCAAUUUCCAUACCAUGAUACUGACUUUAACUAAAGUUAUGAUUUGAAACAACAAGGGGUAAUUUUCAGCCGUGUUCAGCACCAGUAAAAACAGAAUUAUUACUUUAAAGAAUUCCUAGAUUUUGAAAUACUAGAAAAGUAGUGGUGAACUAAGGUCUUUUCAUUCCUCAUAUAAAAGUGUAAAGUACAAUUUUAACAUUUAAGUGUAUGAAGUUAUAAAAAUUUAAAGUUAUUUUGUCAGACAUGAAUUUUAUAUGUAUCAUUUUGAAAUAAAUUGAGAGAUAUAAGGGUUGCUGGGCAAAUUUUUUUUUUUAAUGCAUUGCAUAAGAAAAGGGUAGAAGGGAUAGUCUGUGAUUAAAUAAUUUUACAUUGUCUGUGUGUUUCUAUAAUGUAUGCAGCUGAAGCUUUGUACACAUUUAGCAAAGGAAUGUGGUUAAACCAGUGCAGGGCCUGUGUUAACUUGCGUUAAGGUGUAAACUUUUGCUCUACAAUAUUUCAUCUUCUCUGUAACAUGUAUCUUUGAAAAUAUUCCCCCUAAAGGACCUUAGAAAGGGGGGAGUCUUAAUCAAAUAAGUUCUGGUAUUUUUGAACAAUGGACAAAAAUAUUGGAUUAAUUAUUACGAUAUCAGGAAUUAGUACAUACAAAUAAUGCUAUUAAAAUUUAAAAUGCGAGUUUUUAUUUUUUGCGAAACCAAUUCCAUUGCAAUUUCAGCAAUUAUAAAAACGUUGCUAAAAUUUCAUAUUUCACAGUGUUUUGAUUGGCACAUGGUCUCUUGAAAAAUAUUGAUUAAGUUUAAAUUUAAAACUUACAUAUGUCUCAUUAAAAGUGUAUGCGUAUAUAUAUAUAUACACCAUUUUAUUGUUUUUAUCAAAGAGUAUAUAUUUUGUUACAAGUCAUCGUUGUUGUUUUUGAUGUUGUCUGUUUUCUGUUUAAUUAUGUUGCUUUUGUGAUAUAUCUAAGAUAUGUAAAUCAAGAUUUUGUAAAAUUUAUGAUACAUGGUUUUUUAUAUCUCAAUGGCAUAAAAAUAAACUUAUUCAUCACUUUACGGCUAUUGACAAAGAACAGAUAUUUAAUCAGGAUUUCAGUUAUUCUUGCUUGUUGCUAGUUUCCAUAAUUUUUUUUCUGUAUGAUAAUUUUCCAUUACAAAAAUAGAUAUGGGUUUUUUUCUCAGUCGAUUCUCAUCAUUCUGAUUUACCAUAUAUGGAAUAUUUUUUUCUCAUUGUAUAAGAAUAAAUGCUCAGGUUUAUACAAGCUGAUCAAUGCAACACAUUAUGUUUGUUUGUAUCAUUACAUACAUUGAAGGAUAUUUGACUAGAUUGUCAAAUGACCAAUCAUGGCUUUGUCAAUUUAAUUAAGCUUCAUCCAUAAUGCCUUAAAGUUUUCAUUUGUUGCCUGGAUGUUCAAUUAUAUAAGAUACUUUGUGUCUAAGAUGAAAAUGUCAUGCAGGGUUAAAAAAAAAAUUAGUAUAUAUGUCUACAUAUAUUUGCAUUUAAUCCACUGAUUGAAAACAAAUAGAACUCAUUACCAUAGAUAGAUCUAUGUUCUAUAAACUUUUAAAAAUCAUAUUAUUUCUGCACUUAUACUUAAAAGUACCAGUAUUAAUAAAUGGAGUCCAAGAGUUAAAAAUAUUAUUUUUAGACAAGUGUGAAAUUUUAUAUCCUGAAAGACUACGUAGUUUGUUCAAUAUUUAUGUUAGUGUUGCGGUAAAUGGGCAUCAUUUGAAAUGUAAAAACUAUACCUUAUAUCUUCUUUUAUUCAUGUUUAUUUGAACAAUCUUUGCAUUGCUUUUUUUGGAAUUAAAUGAUCAGUUUGUUACACUAGGUGUAUGUUUCAAUGCUACUUAAUACUCCUUUUUCUUUUAUGACACAGUUUUCUAGUUUAAUAUAAUUAGGAAAUGAUGUAAAUUGUUUUUAUUUGCAUAAAUUUAGUAAUAUAUUCAUUGCUUAAAGAUGUCAUUGAGUGAGAUAGCGUAACAUCACUGUGAAGCACGUUUUUUUUCAGCAACUCAUCUCAUCCUCAUACAGAUUAAUAACUUCCUUUAAUGAAAGUUUCAGCUGAAAUCUUCUUGGGGUUUAUUUCAACAAGAUAUAUCUUGUUAGUAUAUAAUGUUUUCAGGUGUAAAAACAAGAUCAUGGAAGAUCUUUACCCAAAGCUUCCUACAAAUAUUUAUCCAUCUUUCCCAGAAGGAAGCUGUUUCAGCGAAAAGAAUGAUUUCAUUUUUUUUUUCCAUUAAGUUCAAAUAACAAAUUCAUUGUUUAUUGUUAUAACAAAAAUCUGACCAAGAUUCACCUUUUCUUCCCAUUUAAUAUGAAGUUGGAAUGAAAGUUGAUAUUUUGUUGUUAAUUUUUUCCAGUAUUUUGUGAUGUGUUCAGAGUUGUUUGAAAUUUGACCAAAAUUCACCUCUUUUAUUCAUCCAAUUAUACGUUUGGAAUGAAAUAUAUUUUUAUUCUCAUAUUUUGUGGAGUUUAUAGUAAAUAUGAUAAUAUGACAUUUUUGCUAUGGUUCUAAAUUACUCAGUGAUAGGAUAUUCUCUUCAAAACAUGGCUUCUAAAAUGGUCAUAGUGUCCGGAAUAUCCUGGGAAACUAUAUUCUCAACCGGAUUUGCCAAGCCUGCUGCUCUUUUCAUAAAAAAUCUUAAGAGUAAAAAAUACUUGUAAGUCAUACACAUUUCAGUUUAACUUACGAUUGAUUUUAAUCAAAAAUUUUUUUUUGAAAAGAGUCACUGAACCUGUAUCAAACGAAGGUUUGCCAUUUUAACAUAAUUCAGAAAAAGGAUAAAUAUUUACAUGACUAAAAUGAUUGGUGCAAUACAACUUAUUUUCUUCUCUUUUUGUUAGAACAGGAUUUUUUUUUUGGAAUUGGAUGGUCAGUUUGUUACACUAGGUGUAUGUUUCAAUGCUACUUAAUACUCCUUUUUCUUUUAUGACACAGUUUUCUAGUUUAAUAUAAUUAGGAAAUGAUGUAAAUUGUUUUUAUUUGCAUAAAUUUAGUAAUAUAUUCAUUGCUUAAAGAUGUCAUUGAGUGAGAUAGCGUAACAUCACUGCGAAGCAGGUUUUUUUCAGCAACUCAUCUCAUCCUCAUACAGAUUAAUAACUUCCUUUAAUGAAAGUUUCAGCUGAAAUCUUCUUGGGGUUUAUUUCAACAAGAUAUAUCUUGUUAGUAUAUAAUGUUUUCAGGUGUAAAAACAAGAUCAUGGAAGAUCUUUACCCAAAGCUUUCUACAAAUAUUUAUCCAUCUUUCCCAGAAGGAAGCUGUUUCAGCGAAAAGAAUGAUUUCAUUUUUUUUUUUCCAUUAAGUUCAAAUAACAAAUUCAUUGUUUAUUGUUAUAACAAAAAUCUGACCAAGAUUCACCUUUUCUUCCCAUUUAAUAUGAAGUUGGAAUGAAAGUUGAUAUUUUGUUGUUAAUUUUUUCCAGUAUUUUGUGAUGUGUUCAGAGUUGUUUGAAAUUUGACCAAAAUUCACCUCUUUUAUUCAUCCAAUUAUACGUUUGGAAUGAAAUAUAUUUUUAUUCUCAUAUUUUGUGGAGUUUAUAGUAAAUAUGAUAAUAUGACAUUUUUGCUAUGGUUCUAAAUUACUCAGUGAUAGGAUAUUCUCUUCAAAACAUGGCUUCUAAAAUGGUCAUAGUGUCCGGAAUAUCCUGGGAAACUAUAUUCUCAACCGGAUUUGCCAAGCCUGCUGCUCUUUUCAUAAAAAAUCUUAAGAGUAAAAAAUACUUGUAAGUCAUACACAUUUCAGUUUAACUUACGAUUGAUUUUAAUCAAAAAUUUUUUUUUGAAAAGAGUCACUGAACCUGUAUCAAACGAAGGUUUGCCAUUUUAACAUAAUUCAGAAAAAGGAUAAAUAUUUACAUGACUAAAAUGAUUGGUGCAAUACAACUUAUUUUCUUCUCUUUUUGUUAGAACAGGAUUUUUUUUUUUAGGAAAAAGCUACUUUAAAGAUAUAAUGAUAUUGAGCUGCACAAGUCCAUGUCCGUUUUCUUCAGUGCAGUAUUUUGUUACAAUGUUUGUGAUUGACUGAAGUAUACUGUCAAUAAUACACAAACAAGAUCACAGGAAUCACAAAAAAUAUCGGAAAGUUGAUUGUUUUAUGUUGAAAACUGAAAAAAAAAAAUCUGAUCAUAUUUCUACAGUAUAUAUUCUAGUUUGAAACACAAUAUUGUAAAAAUUAUAGGGGAAAUCAGGUGAUAUAAUUUAUGCAUGUUCUUUUCAUUUUACAAGUUAUGACCUAUUUUUUUUUACAAUUAAAAAAAAUCUGUAAGAUAAGGCAUUAAAAAGAAAUAACAUUGGAAAUACAUGUAUACUUGACAAAGUUGUAUAAAGGUUUUGCUACAUUUUACUGUUUGCUAAUAGAUCUUUAAAGGAAAACUUUAAUCGUCAUGAAAUAUAUCAUAUCGGGGUACACAUACUCCUAAAACUUGAAUUGGAUGAAAAACUUUCAGAAUUUUGGGUCCUCAGUGCUCUUUUUCUUUGUACUUUAUUUGGCCUUUUAAUUUUCUUAUUCGAGCGACACUGAUGAGUCUUUUGUUGAAGAAAGUGUGCCUGGCGUACAGAAUUAUAAGCCUGAUAUUUUUGAUAAGUUUUUUUUACUAGAAAUGGUAUUGAUAGGUUUCUGCAAGAUUUAGAUGCAAAUAAUAUUUCCUCUCUUAAAAGAUUGUUACAAGCAUCAGAUGACUCACAAUAUAAAUGAUGCAGUAUAUAGUCUAAAACUUUUGAAGAAAUAUAUUUUUCAAAGUAAAGUAUGGAGUCUAAUACUUUUUCAAGAUAUAUGUGAAUUUGUUGUUAAUUGCCUUUGAAAUAAAUUGCGUUAAUUUUAUAUUUUUAAUCUGUAGUUUGUAUGGUAUACUUACAGUAUUAUUCUUGUUAGACCCAGCUAGGGUGUUAUGGUGUUUAGACAGAUGAUGUGUAUAUCUUAUGCUAGGCAGGGUACUGACAAUUGCUUUCAUUUCUGUGCUUGUUCUAUUUUUUUUAGUCAGGUGGAUAAUUGGUGUAAUAUUGUUUUAUUUAUUGUGAUAUUCCUUUUAAAUUAUGUCUUGAUUUUUAAAAAAGAAAUCAUGAAAUGUAUUGAAUGAUUACGUGUAACUGUGAUUUAAUAUAAAUGUCAUAUUUA